AUGCUACGAGGAUCCCGAAGUAUCACCGUCAACAAGAAGGCGCCCAAGUCGCUUAAGCCACAACAAGCAAGAUCUCUUAUUCGGCGAUUUCACAUUCUACAGAAGAACAAAUCGAGUAUUCUAUCAAGAAUAGCCAAACAGAACCCUGCAGUGACAGAGAAAAACUAUAAAUCCAAGUUGAGCAAGGUCUAUCAGGAAGAAUACGACAAGUUUCGAGUUUCAAAGACCAUGGAGCAAUUCAAGGUCGACGAUUCGGUCCUGAUGGAGCCAAUGACCAAGAUGCUUGCCAGAAUCGAUGCUGAAAUCGAACAGAGAGGUGGACUACAUGUAUACCAGAUGGCGUCGACUGUUGGUCAAAACCAGAAACGAGGAGGUGACUCGCUGAAGAAAUUAGUGGAAUGGUAUAAAGAGUUGGAUAGAACAAGUCAAAAUGCCUUGGAAAUCGGAUGCCUCAGUGCAGAAAAUGCUAUUCUGACCAGCGGAAUGUUUGGCCAUAUCGACCGGAUCGACUUGAACUCGCAGAGCCCACAAAUCUUGGAGCAGAAUUUCAUGGAGAGACCUCUUCCGACCAAUGACAGUGAACGAUAUGAGAUGAUAUCGUGCUCGUUGGUGUUGAAUUUUGUUCCGACUCCAAAGGAGAGAGGAGAAAUGUUGAAGAGAAUCACCGGUUUCCUCAAAGAACCUAAAGAUUCUCAUAGCGGAACCUCUUCGCUCUUCUUGGUUCUUCCUCUUCCUUGCAUUACUAAUUCCCGGUACUUCAACGCAUCUUUAUUACUGGAAGUGAUGGAGAGUUUAGGAUUCAAGGAGGUGAAAUAUUAUGAAGCGAAAAAAGUGGCGUACUGGCUCUAUGAUUGGAAGGGGCACCAUGCAAUGAAACGCAUGCCUCCACAGAAGAAGAAAGAGCUCCAUGGGGGAGGCACUCGAAAUAAUUUUUACGUGGAUGUCUCGGGAAUUUAA